CUUCAUCACAGUUUGAACUCCAACAUUGGGACGACCUCAGUGAUGUGAGAUGCCGAAUAUCUUAUCAACUGUCUCAACUUCUGAUGACUGUUCUGCGGAACCGAGAAGUAAACAGAAGAAUUCCUUACUUUCGCUGCAAAAUGUUUUCCACAUAUGUUUCGUUGUGAUCAUUAGUUUGAAGCUCUAUGGGGAAUAUUUCUCAGGUGUUGUGUUAGCUUUUUGGGUGUAUCUCACGGUUAUUUUCAUGAAUUCAGAGACACAAAAAAGUAAUCUCAGUAGCUCCCAGUCGACAUUCCUCGGGAUAUUCACUUCAGUCUUAGUCCUUCGGCAACUUUAAAAUUUGGAAUUUUCCUCUAAAUAGCCGUUGGUACUUGGGCUGCUGAUGAGUCUUUCUGAGUGCUUGUUGACUGGGCUAAAAGUGGCUGGUAAUAGCAUUGAUUUAGGUUUUAUUGAUGUAUCAUAUCGAAGAACUUGCUUUCUCUACUCCCUCGUCUCACUUUCACAUUUGAUUUUGCUGCAGUAUUCUUUGUACAAUCAGGGAUUUUAUUAUGUUUUCCUACUCCGAACCUCUAGUCCUGUUUCAAGUUUACCACUGGCUGUUUGGUGCAUAUUUAUUUGGGACUUGUCGCUGAAGUUACUACUCAUAUUUGUAAAGAACGUGGUUCUCACUGUUCUAACUAAGUUAUUUGAUUGCUAUUCUAUGGGUUCAUUACUUUGUCUGUUGGAAAACAUAUUUUUACUCUUGAGACAUAUACCAUCUGGAGUUUUUUGGAUAUACUUUUUAAUGGAAUUCAAUUGGCAAUUGCAAGGAGUUCUAGCUGGAAGAAUCUUCAUAUCCGUAUUAUAUUGUAUUUUAAAAGCUUGUGUAGUGUUUUCCGCAUUGAGAAACGUCCUGCAGUCAUGUCGUUCGACAAUAUGUACUAAGCCAUUUGCAGUUGAAUCACAAGCACCAUCUAAUGAAGUCUGUACUAUGUGCCUUGAAUCCUAUACUGUUGUCGCUAUUCUACCCUGUGGUCAUAAAUUUUGUGCCAAGUGCACAUCACGUUGGUGUAAUGCAUUCACUACUUGCCCAUCGUGUAAUCAAGAAUUCAAGGCGAACUCAAAAUGGCGUGAUGGAUCUACAGAUUUAUACAUUCAGUUUUAUUAAAAGAUAAUGAUUUAUUUCCCUUUCAGCAUUCUUUAAAUCUUUCUAUAGAAAAAAAAUCAAAAAAUUCUUGAUGUAUAUUGAAUAGUUUGCCUAAGUUUUAUGUGUUCACUUAUUUCCAUAUAAGCUUGUGUUUAUUAUUGUCUUCUAAAUGUGUUUUAAUGGCUGUGAGAAAAGUGAAUUUUAUCUUGGAACAUGAUGAUACUUUUUUAAAAAGGUUUUCUCUGUCUACUGAUUAACAUUUGUUAGUAGUGUGUUUAUCUUCUCACUGUUUGUUUCAUUAUAUGUUUUGUUAUAUUUUAAAAGGCAAAAAAGUCAAGAAAAAUUUAAUAUGCUGA